AUGGCAAAGUCAAAGGCCGUCGCGAAAUCCGCGCCGAAAAAAGAGAAUGCGCUCGCUACGAAGAAGUCCGCUUCGCCGUACCAGCUGGAUCCCGCGCAGGUUGAACGAGCAGCGAAGGGGCUCAUUACGCAUAUGAAGAAGCACGCACAGGAGAAGGAAGACAAGGCCGACAAGAAAAACCUCGCUGCCGACGACGACGACGCAGCAGACCAGGAUCAGGCCAUCUUCCUCACUGUCACCACCAAGGAGCAUGUCCACGAUACCAGCCGAUUGAAGCCCACAAAACUCCCUCUACCACACUCCAUAAUCGCCAGCGACGUCCGGAUAUGCAUCUUCACCAAAGACCCCCAGCGCGCCUACAAGGACCUCAUCUACGAAUCCUCUGCCUUUCCCGCGGAGCUCCGCAAAAAGGUCGCCCGCGUCAUUGGUGUCGACAAGCUCAAGAAAAAGUGGAAGUCCUUUGAGACCAAGCGCCAACUCCUCGCCGAAUACGACAUCUUCAUGGUCGAUGACCGCGUAACUAAGAUUGUCGCCGAGGCGCUGGGCAAGACCUUCUACGGCACCAAGUCAAAGCGGCCGAUCCCAAUCAAGCUCACCGCUGGCGCAUACAUCGACAAGAGCAAAAAGGAAGACAAGAAGAAGCAGGAGAAUGUUGUGGGCACGCCCGCGGGUGUGGCAAAGGAGAUCGAGGCGGCGCUUAGCGCGACGUAUGUCAGUAUGAGCGCUUCGACGAACACCUCGAUCAAGGUCGGAAAGCAGUCUAUGACAGCGCAGCAGCUCAAGGAGAAUGUCGAGGCUGUGGUUGAGAAGCUGGUCGAGAAGCACAUCGAGCACAAGUGGCGAAAUGUGCGCGGCCUGUACAUCAAAGGCCCCACGACGAAGGCUCUUCCCAUAUGGUCAGCAGACGAAAUGUGGGUAGACGAGGAGAAGGUUUUGGACGAGGCUCCUACACGCGCGAUCACGGAGGACAGCAAGAAGGGCGAGAAGCGGAAGAAGUGGGAAGAGUGGGAAGAGGAGAUGCUCGACGACGAAGAUCUCGAGGAGAAGAGGGAACGCAGGAAAGCGAAGAAGUCGAAGAAGGACCCCGAGCAGACGAAGUCCCGCUCAAUAAGCAAGGAUAAGAGGAAUAAGUUGAAGCAGGAGGCGUUGUCUUCGGUGCAGACGCCGUUGAUCACUGGGUAG